AAUCGUACCGCAGUUUAGGUUACUUUUCGAUCCCUUGGCAACAAAGAUAGUCGCGACAACGUUGGAUUACAAUCAAAAACCGGUCACUGCAGUCAGCUGUUAUUGACAAAGAAAAGAACACCGAUACUGACUUUGCUUUUAUUUGGAACUGUACUUUCAUUACUUCGGCAUCCCAUUACUUCUAGAAUUUUGGAUUUGAAUGUUGUAAGAUGAAGUGGCAGAUUUUAAUUCUGGGUUGUCUUAUUAUUGGGCUAAAUUGUGAAUUAUCCAGAGUGCCCUUGUAUAAAUUUAAAUCUGUACGAAGAACUUUGAAUGAUGUUGGAACAGCCGUAAGAAGAGUUACCCUCAAGUAUGGAGGAGAUCCCAUUCCAGAAGUGUUGACUAAUUACCUUGAUGCCCAAUAUUAUGGACCAAUUUCAAUUGGUACUCCUCCGCAGAAUUUCAAAGUAAUAUUUGACACUGGAUCCUCAAACUUAUGGGUUCCCUCAAAGCAGUGCUCCUAUACAAAUAUUGCUUGUUUACUCCACAAUAAAUAUAAUUCAAAGACCUCAACAACUUAUAAGAAAAAUGGUACAUCAUUUGCUAUUCAGUAUGGUACUGGAAGUUUGAGUGGUUUUCUAUCUACUGAUGUUGUUCAAGUUGGAGGGUUAAAAGUACAAGAUCAAACAUUCGCUGAAGCAAUAAAUGAGCCGGGGCUCACUUUUGUGGCUGCUAAAUUCGAUGGUAUUCUUGGAUUGGCCUACAGUAGUAUAUCUGUAGAUGGUGUAACCCCAGUUUUCGAUAAUGUGAUCUCCCAAGGUUUGGUGCCACAACCUGUUUUCUCCUUCUAUUUAAAUAGAGAUACAAAUGCUUCUGUUGGGGGUGAAAUUAUAUUCGGAGGUUCUGAUCCUGCCCAUUAUAAGGGUGAAUUCACUUAUUUACCAGUUGAUCGUAAAGGCUAUUGGCAGUUUCCAAUGCAACAGAUCCAGAUCAAUGACCAGACCCUAUGUGCCAAUGGGUGUGAAGCCAUUGCUGAUACUGGAACCAGCUUAAUUGCAGGUCCUUUGGAUGAAGUCAAAAAAAUCAAUGAACUAAUUGGAGCCACUUCAAUGGGAGGAAAUUAUAUCGUCUCAUGUGAUUCGAUUCCCAAAUUGCCAAAGAUCACUUUCAAACUAGGAGACAAAGACUUUACACUUGAAGGAAAAGAUUACAUAUUGGCAGUGUCUGCCAUGGGAAAGAGCAUUUGCCUUUCUGGAUUCAUGGGAAUUGAUAUCCCACCACCACGUGGACCUCUAUGGAUCUUAGGGGAUAUUUUCAUUGGUCGUUUCUAUACAGAAUUCGAUCUUGGAAAUAACAGAGUUGGAUUUGCUGAUGUUGCUUCUAAAAAGAUGAAUGUGCUAAUUUGGUUGUCGCUGAGCAUAUUAAUCGCUGUGGCAGAUGGAAAGUUGGCAAGGUUUUCCCUGCAUAGGUUCAAAUCUUUGAGGCAGGCUUACGACGAAGUUGGAACUUCACUUGAGAAAUUAGCAAGAAGAUAUGGAGCAUAUCCCGCACCACUGCCUACCCCAGUCACCAUUUUCAACUAUUUGGAUGCUCAGUAUUAUGGAACCAUCUCUAUAGGGUAUCCUGCACAAGAAUUCAAGGUUUUGUUUGACACAGCGUCAGGUAACCUUUGGGUACCAUCUGUCAAAUGUCCCUUGACUGAGACAGCCUGCGCCCUUCAUAGACAAUACAACAGUUCCAAAUCAAUAAAUUACGUGGAAGAUGGUAGAGCUAUUGCUAUUGGUUAUGUAACUGGAGGAAUGACAGGAUUUUUAUCAAUGGAUUCAGUACAGAUUGGUGGUCUAGUGGUCAAAAAUCAAACCUUCGCAGAAGCCACGAAAAUUGGUAGCACAUUUAGUGGAGCACCAUUUGAUGGAAUUUUAGGAUUAAGUUACAACAAUCUUAUAUCUGUCCUAUAUGUUGAUACCCUAUUCGAAAAUCUGUUCAAGCAACAUUCAUCAUUGGAUGCCAAAUUCUCUAUAUACCUAGAUAGGAAUAUGACCGACGCAACUGGAGGUGAAAUGAUUAUAGGAGGGAAUGAUCCAGAUUAUUACACUGGCAACUUUUCUUAUGUUCCCAUUACUAGAGAAGCUUUUUGGCAGUUUAGAUUGGACGCAAUGACCAUUGGAAACGCGGUUUUCUGUGCCGAUGGAUGUGAAGCUGUUAUAGAUACCGGAUCCAGUUUUCUUUGCGCACCCAGAGCUUAUCUACCAGCGAUACAAAAAGCAAUUGGGGCUACGAAGAAAGGAGAUUUGUAUGUUGUGGAUUGUAAUACUAUCCAAGAUUUACCAAAUAUAGAGUUCUUUGCCUCAGGAAAGAAAUUCGUUUUGGAACCUUUAGAUUACGUAGUUAAUUUCACAGAUAAAUGUAUUUCUGCCUUUACGGGGGCAGAUAUAGCACCUCCUCGUGGACCUCUAUGGAUACUUGGGGAUGUCUUCGUUGGAACAUACUAUACUGAAUUCGACAAAGCUAACAAGCGAAUCGGUUUCGCAAAAUCAAAAAAAAUAAAUAUAUUAAAUGAGUUGAAUGAAUUGAAUGAGGUUAUAAAUGAAUAACUUAUGUAUAUGGAAGUUAAUUUAAAGUAUUUACUUGUAUUGAUUUAAUUAUGUAACACAAUUUUAUGUUUGAAAAAUAAACCUAAAAUAAAUAUAUUAACUGUUAAUUGUAAAAUA